AUGCUCGUGAGCGCGAGAGUCUCAAUUCCUCCAUUCGCUCGUCCUUUGCUUCCCCGGGUUCCCGUGGGGUUGGGACUCGACGUUGAGGGUGCUACUGCUACUGCUACCCCCACCGAUGAUGCCACUGCCCGUGAAGCGGGUAUUGCCCAUGGCACUUUAGCUAUCCGUGGAAGACCGACUCUCAACGAUCCUCCCCGCGAUCCCCGGGACGAGGCCGGUCCAUUGACCCCGCCGGCGACAACAUCCCGCCCCGCCAGUCCUUACACCAUGAACCCACCAGUUGAUUUUGAUGGACUUAGCUGGCCUUGCCCUGGUACCCGGCAGCGAUUGGAGUCGACACCCGAAGAGAAUGAAGAACGGGUAAAGAAGCUUGCAGGUGCUGUCCGAACAAUUUUAGAAUGUGUUGGAGAAGACCCCGAGCGUGAGGGUCUUCGUGAGACUCCCGAGCGAUACGCAAAGGCUAUGCUCUACUUUACCAAAGGUUAUGAGGAGAAUGUACGGGACUUGGUCAACGGUGCAGUUUUCCACGAGGACCACGACGAGUUGGUCAUUGUCAAGGAUAUUGAUGUGUUCUCUCUAUGUGAACAUCACAUGGUUCCCUUCACUGGAAAGAUGCAUAUCGGUUACAUCCCGGAUCGCCGUGUCCUCGGGCUUUCCAAGCUGGCCCGUCUAGCUGAGAUGUUCUCUCGCCGACUCCAGGUGCAAGAGCGCUUGACCAAGCAAGUCGCUUUGGCUAUCUCCGAGGUGUUGAAGCCUCGUGGUGUUGGCGUUGUUAUGGAGUCCUCUCACCUAUGCAUGGUUAUGCGUGGAGUGCAGAAGGUUAGCAGCACCACCACCACAAGCUGCAUGUUGGGAUGCAUGCGAUCCAGUGCUAAAACCAGAGAAGAGUUUUUGACACUCCUGAAUCGCCGAUAA